GCGGAGCGGCGGGGGCACGCGCAUGCGCGCCGCGGCCGGCGAGGGGCGCUGGGCUCUGCUUGCGUCCGCCGGUCUCCCUGGAGCCGCCGCCGCCGUUGCAGUCGCAGUGCCCGGAUGUAGCGGCGGGGCUGGCGGGAGCGCGAGCGGGCGCCGCGGAGAGCCAGGCGGGGCGGGGCGGGGCGGGGGAGUGAGUAGGGAGAGAGGAGGUGACGCGGGCGUUGGGCUCCGGCCCGCCGGCUCCCGCCGCCGCCCAGCCGCAUCCCCCGGCCCGGCAGAAGGCUCCCUCCCUCCCUCCGCUGCUCCCCGCCGCCUCCCCGGCCCCUUUGCCGCCGCGGCCCCUGCGCCCCGCUUUCUGCCGGCGCGCCGGAGGCAGCCGCCCCCAUCGGGGUCCCCCUUCGCCGCCUGCGGGCUUCGCUCCCCCUGCAGCCGCCGCGGGGCCCGGGCCUGCGGGGCGUCGCCGGGAUGAGCAGCUCGCGGAACAACCGAGUGAUGGUGGAGGGAGUGGGUGCGCGGGUGGUCCGGGGCCCCGACUGGAAGUGGGGGAAGCAGGAUGGCGGCGAGGGCCAUGUGGGCACCGUGCGCAGCUUCGAGAGCCCCGAGGAGGUGGUCGUCGUCUGGGACAACGGCACCGCCGCCAACUACCGCUGCUCCGGGGCCUACGACCUCCGCAUCCUCGACAGUGCACCCACGGGUAUCAAGCAUGAUGGAACUAUGUGUGACACUUGUCGACAGCAACCAAUCAUUGGUAUACGAUGGAAAUGUGCUGAAUGCACAAAUUAUGACUUGUGCACAGUUUGUUAUCAUGGGGACAAACAUCACUUGAGGCAUCGUUUUUAUAGAAUUACCACACCAGGAAGUGAAAGGGUGUUGCUAGAGUCUCGCCGUAAAUCAAAGAAAAUUACAGCAAGAGGAAUCUUUGCAGGUGCCAGGGUGGUACGAGGAGUUGAUUGGCAAUGGGAAGAUCAAGAUGGUGGCAAUGGACGUAGGGGAAAGGUAACUGAAAUCCAGGACUGGAGUGCAUCAAGUCCACAUAGUGCAGCAUAUGUUCUUUGGGACAAUGGUGCUAAAAACCUUUACAGAGUUGGCUUUGAGGGCAUGUCUGACCUGAAAUGUGUUCAAGAUGCAAAAGGAGGCUCUUUCUACAGGGACCAUUGUCCUGUGUUAGGUGAGCAAAAUGGUAACAGAAAUCCUGGUGGUCUGCAAAUUGGUGACCUUGUAAAUAUUGACCUUGAUUUAGAAAUUGUACAGUCUUUGCAGCAUGGUCAUGGAGGAUGGACUGAUGGCAUGUUUGAAACCUUAACAACAACUGGAACAGUUUGUGGCAUUGAUGAGGAUCAUGACAUAGUAGUACAGUAUCCAAGUGGCAACAGGUGGACGUUUAACCCAGCUGUUCUCACCAAAGCCAAUGUUGUCCGAAGCGGAGAUGCUGCUCAAGGUGCAGAAGGAGGUACCUCUCAAUUUCAAGUGGGUGACCUUGUUCAAGUAUGUUAUGACUUGGAGCGCAUCAAGCUUCUUCAGAGAGGUCAUGGAGAGUGGGCUGAAGCAAUGCUUCCUACUUUAGGUAAAGUUGGUCGGGUCCAGCAGAUCUAUUCAGACAGUGACUUAAAGGUAGAGGUUUGUGGGACAUCUUGGACAUACAACCCAGCAGCUGUCUCAAAGGUGGCAUCAGCAGGAUCUGCUAUAAGUAAUGCAUCUGGUGAGAGAUUGUCUCAGCUAUUGAAGAAAUUAUUUGAAACCCAAGAAUCUGGAGAUCUUAAUGAAGAAUUAGUUAAAGCUGCUGCCAAUGGAGAUGUUGCUAAAGUGGAAGACCUGCUAAAGCGACCAGAUGUGGAUGUGAAUGGACAAUGUGCUGGACACACAGCUAUGCAAGCAGCUAGUCAGAACGGCCAUGUUGACAUUUUGAAGUUGCUUCUGAAACAGAAUGUGGAUGUAGAAGCAGAGGACAAAGAUGGAGACAGGGCAGUUCAUCACGCAGCUUUCGGUGAUGAGGGUGCUGUGAUAGAGGUUUUGCACAGAGGCAGUGCAGAUUUAAAUGCUCGCAACAAACGCAGGCAGACUCCACUUCAUAUUGCUGUCAACAAAGGUCAUCUGCAAGUUGUGAAGACUUUACUGGACUUUGGCUGCCACCCUAGUCUCCAGGAUUCUGAAGGUGACACUCCACUCCAUGAUGCAAUAAGUAAAAAGCGUGAUGACAUCCUUGCUGUAUUGUUAGAAGCUGGAGCCGAUGUUACUAUCACCAACAAUAAUGGAUUUAAUGCUCUUCACCAUGCUGCACUAAGAGGAAAUCCUAGUGCAAUGCGUGUGUUGCUGUCCAAGUUACCACGACCAUGGAUUGUUGAUGAGAAAAAAGAUGAUGGUUAUACUGCCUUGCAUCUAGCAGCCCUCAAUAAUCACGUGGAAGUGGCUGAACUUUUGGUGCAUCAGGGCAAUGCUAACCUGGAUAUCCAGAAUGUUAACCAGCAGACUGCUCUGCACCUUGCCGUUGAACGACAGCAUACGCAAAUAGUUAGGCUCCUAGUCCGUGCAGGUGCUAAACUGGAUAUUCAGGAUAAAGAUGGGGACACUCCCCUGCAUGAAGCCCUGAGACACCACACGCUGUCGCAGCUCCGCCAACUCCAAGACAUGCAAGAUGUGGGCAAGGUAGAUACUGCUUGGGAGCCAUCAAAGAACACAUUGAUAAUGGGACUUGGCACUCAGGGAGCAGAGAAGAAGAGUGCAGCAUCUAUUGCCUGCUUCCUGGCAGCCAACGGAGCUGACCUCAGUAUUCGUAAUAAGAAGGGUCAGUCUCCUCUUGAUCUCUGCCCUGAUCCUAGCCUCUGCAAAGCAUUGGCUAAAUGUCACAAAGAAAAAGUCAGUGGUCAAGUUGGUUCCCGAAGUCCAUCUAUGAUCAACAAUGAUUCUGAAACCUUAGAAGAAUGUAUGGUGUGUUCAGACAUGAAGAGAGAUACUCUGUUUGGCCCGUGUGGACAUAUUGCCACCUGUUCCCUGUGCUCCCCACGGGUGAAAAAAUGCCUCAUCUGUAAAGAACAAGUUCAGUCUAGAACAAAGAUUGAAGAAUGUGUAGUGUGUUCAGACAAAAAGGCAGCAGUACUCUUCCAACCUUGUGGCCAUAUGUGUGCUUGUGAGAAUUGUGCAAGCUUGAUGAAAAAGUGUGUGCAGUGUCGGGCGGUGGUGGAGCGGAGAGUGCCUUUCAUAAUGUGCUGCGGAGGGAAAGGUACAGAAGAUACCACUGAUGAUAUUUCGAGCGGAAACAUUCCGGUUUUACAGAAGGACAAAGACAACACCAAUGUCAAUGCAGAUGUACAGAAGCUGCAGCAACAGUUACAAGACAUCAAAGAACAGACUAUGUGUCCUGUCUGUUUGGACCGUCUGAAGAAUAUGAUCUUUCUCUGUGGCCAUGGAACAUGUCAACUUUGUGGAGACCGAAUGAGUGAAUGCCCUAUAUGCCGCAAGGCAAUUGAACGAAGGAUUCUUUUGUAUUAAGUAGUGGAACUGUUGUCAUUUAUUAGUUUAUUAAAAAAUAAGGACAUUUUGAUGAUUUUAAAUCUCUGUAAGCUUGAAAGGCAGUAAAUGGUUCUAAUGAAAACAUUUCUAAUACUGUAGCACAGGUUCACUACAUGGUAAUUGUUUAAACACUGUGGACACACCAAAUAAGAGAACAGUAUUUGGAUAGUCAGUUUUAGCUUUAUUCUUAAAAGAUAUCUAAGCUUAAAGCUAACAUAAAGCAGUCAUUUUUUAUUUUCUUUCUGUUGUCCUCAAAGUGUAAAGGGACAAUCGUGUUUUGGUUUCUUUCGUGUUUUUUUCAAUGUAUGUAUCAGUCAGGUGUGAGUGGUAUGGAUUUUUUUUUUAAUAUUGUCAGUUACUAUCAAAUAUAAAUAUUUAGGGUUUUUUAUUUUAAGCCUCUUUGGAGAAUGUUCAAAUGUCCUGUGACAGUUAUGGUUCACAAUAAUUUUUAUCUUAAGAUAUAAAAUAAAGCAAAAUCAGUACAAAGUGUACACAUUGUAGUAAUAAAUAUCAUACUAUUCCUGUAAGAACAAACCUCGAAACGUAAUGUUAAAGUAAUUCUAACAUUAAUGUGCCCUUUGUUGCUAUGAUGAAUCAAGAAGAAGAGAUUAGUAGAAAGAGACAAAUUUGACUCUAGAAAUACUAUGUUCGUAAAACUGCACUUCAUAGUCUAACAGGUUCAAGCUAACUUAAAUAGUGAACAUCUUAAUUCUGCUAGACACAUAACUUUGUAUGGAAUGGUUUUUACCUUGAUUGCAAAGGAAAACAUUUGAGCAAUGGGUCAGUUAUCUGUUUCACAUAAGUGAAUUUGAUCAGUUUUAGGGGAACAAAUAUAUAUGCAGGUCCAUAUAAAAAUUCUGGGUUUAUGAGUUAGAAGAACUGGUGAGGAAGUUUGCAAAAGUUAAACUUCAAAAUCAGGCUUUUAACACACAUAUAUAUUACUUUCCUCUUUUAAAUCAGUUUUGUUGUCUUGAGGCAAACAGUAUCAGCAGCAAAGGAGAAGAUUUAAUAUUGCUUAUUUGUCUAAGUUGGGUGUUAACACCAAAACUUAGCUGGGAAUGUUAAUAGGUAAUGUAAAUCAAGAUACUGUUGACAGAGUGGGGAAUUUUGUGAACCAUGCCUAGGUGAGAUGGAGUUGGCUGGGGGAUUAGCUAUCGCUAGUGUGCCAUACAGAGGUAUUCUUGACUCCGAGAGUGCCACUGGUAGGAACUGCAAAUCAUUAACAUUUUGAUAACAAAUAGCCCUUCCAGCUUUUUGGAUGGAAGACAGUAUGCUGAUUUGAGGUUCUCUGGUAGCUAGUAGGAGUAUGUGUUUACUCUUAAGUGAUUCAGCAGUUUACUGAGUGCAUAUUUUAUGUAGCCCUUUGCCAUCUUGCAGACCUCAUUUGGGUAUGUUCUUGCAAAAACAGUAAUGAUGUGUACACUGGCGUCACUUAGAUGCCCUACAUACAGCUAAGAAUAAUUUCUCAUUUAAUUCCCAUUAGAUGUGUCAAAAGCAUGGCAGAAGGGAUAGCUCAGGGGAAGAUCCAGGUAAGGAUAAAGGGAUAAAACUGAUCUCUUGGGAAAAUCGAUCUGCCUUUUUAAGUUUGUGCGGAUUUGCUUGAGUUUUGCAAACCGUGGCAAAAGUCUCAGAAGAAUGUUACCAGUAAACUUUAAAGAUACGUGAACUUUUUUUACCAGUAAUCUUGAAACACUUCACAGUGUUUUUCAUGAAACUACCACACUGAUUUGGAAAACCAGUCUGUACAAUGGCUGUUAACAAGACAGGCUGAUACACCUUGCUAUAGCCGUCUUUAAUCCUGAUGCAGAUUUGCAAAUGUUCAUCAUUCUUUUCACUAAUUUUUCCCUGGACACAAUCUUGAUCUGGAGUCAGUACACUGUUUUGUAUUCUAGUAGUCAUCUGUUCUCAGAUAUUCCUUGUUCCUGCCUUUUUGGCCAAACCAAAUAGUUCUUCCCUUUCUUGCUUCUUUGUUCCCUAUUCUUAAAUAUCAAGACUCUCAAGUAACUUUGAUGGAAAACUUCUGGUAAUAAGGCUUUUUUCUAUUCAGCAUUUCCUUAUCUCCAGUUAAGCUCUGAGUGCAUAUAAUGUAUUCACUACAUUUUUUCUUUUGGCUAAUAUGCAUGUCACUAACCCUGACUUCUGCAGCUUGUAUUUGGCAGCUGAACAGUCUACAGUGCACUUCAUAGUUUCCUGUCAGUCUUCCUUCAAAAAUAAUUUUCUAAUAGGACACUUGUUCCAUCCAUUCUGAGUUUUAUUCUGUAAUAUAUCCAAUCUGUAGUUCAGUUUUCUCUAACUUUGGUAGACAGAUUUUGAAUAUUGUUUCCUAUUUAUUCUUCGAGGGACCUCUAUAAAAUCAGCACAAAGGACAAACAGGAUGGAUUUCUUCUUGAUAAUAAAGCUCAAAAUUGGAAUCUUAUUAUAGCAGCUGAUAUUUUCCUAAUUCUUUUUCACUGGAACAAACCAGAAUUACUCAGAAGUAAUUCAAACUUACAUUAGUUGAAUAAUUCACUUGAGCAAAAAGUGAUCUAAAGCAUCCUGGGCGGGAAACUGGAGUUGAGUGUUAAAUACUCCUUAUCUGCAAGAGGCCCAAAUUUAGUGUAGACAGGUAAGUGCUUAUGUUCUCCAGCAGAGAAACUAUAAGUUACUUUAUAACACUGUUAAUCCCUGGAGACCAUCCCAGUCCUUUAGAAAUACAGACAAUGACUGAAAGUAUUGCUGUAAGAGCAGUUGUAGUCUUUUAUGCUAUGGUCACACCAGAUGUGUGGGACUACACAGAAAUUUGUAAUUGGCCUCAUUGGACAAUGUCAUGUGCAAUUCGAAAUUAAAAUACAUCAGUGUCAGGAAUUUAAUUUGAUGCUAUCGUGAUAUCAAGAGAAAGAGCUGAAUUAGAAAAACUAAGCACAUUAGAAAAUGUGCUUAAAGUGUUAAUGUAGGCCUCUUAUUAACAGGUGAAAGAGAUGUAUUGGGAAGGCUAUGCAGUGCUUUCCUUUCAAAAGAUUUAAUGAAGAAAAAUGUUUGCAAAUCCAGUAUUGCUUUUGGAAGUAGAUCUUUAGAUUCAUAUACUGUCUUUGGAUUCAGGGUGAGCUAGUGUUGCUGAGGAAGGUAGUAAGUUCAUUCAAGCAAUUUAGUAGCCAGUUUGCUGUCUAGUAUCAUUUGUGCAGUGUGCACAGAGUGCAGAUGUUUAUUGGAUAACACUUAAUCAGGAGAAUGAAAAACGGAAGCUCAGAUUGGAAGCCAAGAGCAGUGGCAGCAAGUAGGAGAGUUGGCAUAUGUCAUUGUGCACCAAUCUUCAGCAGAAGAUGGAAGUGUAAAUCUGAUUAUUUUGGAGCGAAGUGGAAAUGAGAAAAGAAAAAAUGAGUAAGUAGGCAUUUCACUUUAACAUACUGUAAAGUUAAAGAAUUGAAACCUUUGUUUUUUGAGUCCCCCAAUAUUUAAUAGCAGUUUUGAAAUUAAAUUGGAUGAAAUACCUCAACUUGUUUCUUGAAACAAUCAAGAAGAUACCUAAUGUAUAUUGCUCAGAUGUAAGGUAUGCUGAGAUGUUAAGCAUUUUUCAUUUCUUAAGUCAGUAAAAGAUACAGAUGGUCACAUCAGUAUACAGUGGUUAAGAUGAUAACCUAAGAGACUAACAAAAUAUGCUAAAUAGUUGUAACUUGUUAACUUUUCUAGGAAAUGUAUUUGAUUUCCUCCCCCCUCGCCAAGCUUGCUCCAUAGCACCUGCUAUACACUAAGCUCCAGUAGGACUCAUGGCACUUUUUGAAGUUUGGGCCAGUUACCUAUUUCCCAUUUGUUGAAAUACCGUGUACUUGCAUGUUAGGGUUUGGUGGGAUCCCAUUUCACUGAAGUGGAUACUGAAAAAUUAGACCAGCAAGAGAAUAAAGAAAAGUUACUUUGUAAAUGCGAAUGUUUCAUUAGAAGCUAAUGCUCUUAACUUGGACUGAGUGAAGUUACAGCAGAAUUUCGCGAGUACUUGUGCCUUGUCAGCAUAGACUUACAAUCGGUAUGUUAGCUUGUUUUAAAGAUAUAUGAAACAAUACUUUACAAAUCUAAUUUGAUUAAGUAGUUAUUGUGUAGAUAUUUUCUAGAGAUAAAGCUUUAUGUAUGUCUACUUAUUUUUAGCAGUAUUAUUCGCAGUUUAUAUAGACAUGAAAUUGUUUGAAGAGAUUGCUUUAAGCUAAUGAUCUCUCUAAGCUUCCUCUACAGUACUGCAGAUUAAAUGUCAGAAACUUAAUUUUGCUCUUCAACUAGUGGCCAUAAACUGAAGAGCCUGUCCUGUUCUUCGUGCUGCAUGUGCCAGAUUCAGAUUUUCACUUAAAAAAUCACUACAGUGUAACUUUCAGUAAUGCUACCUCCUUUCUGUCAAAGUAUUGAAUUAUACUCCAGUUCCUUGUCUUUGGGAAGGGAUGGGGGAACAUUUCAGUUUUGUUUUGCUGCAUCAGUUUUUGUGCCUGAAUACAUUCUGAAGAGUUUUUACUGACUGUAUAAAUUACAUACAAUAGACGUUUGUAAUUUGCCACCAUGUACGUUAUGUAUUGUUCUUGCGUCCAUUGCUGGAGUUCAUACUGUUGUCUUUUUAUCUCUUCCAUAACUUGUUUUUGUUGACAAAGCAAAACUGUCAUCCACGGAAGUUUUAGUGUGUGCCAUUUCCAUAGCUAAGCCUGUGGUAAAUAUGAAAGUUCUGACUCAGGGCUUUUUAACAACUUAAACACAUUCACAGUAUUCUUCAGCACAUCUUGAAGAAUAUUAGACAUGUAAUGACUGUACAGUGCCUUGAUAGAACUAUUGUAUAGGCAGUAGCCAUAGUCUUUACAGAAUGCAAGUAUCUUUUGAAUUCAGCUAAUGAGCUUGUUAGUAUAUCUGUAAUACCUUGCCAGAUACAUACAUACUUUUAUUUCUGUAAAGGAUAAUUAGCAAAUUUAGCUUUUGUUAAGCUUUUUGUAAGUUGUGUUUGAUUUUUACACCAAUCAUGGGGGUCUGAGGGGCAUAGUAUUCAAAUUACAGAAGCAGCAUCUGUGGGAAAGUAAGUUGAUAAAAUGUUCUGUAUAUGACAUUUUCAGUGUGAAGGGAGAUGAUAUUUUAUAAACAACUGCCAUUUUAAAACUGCUUUAUUCUGGCCUAGUAAGUCUUUUAUAGGAAAGAAAAAAUAACAGCAAAUCUGUACGUUUGCAUGCCAUUUCAUAAUUAUGAAUAUUUGUCUCAUUUUGAGCUUCUAGGAAGUACUUUCUUUGUCCCAAGCUUAGUGUCUUUAUGAAUGCAAAAUAUUCGUAUUAGAAAGUAGGUUUUAGUGAACCACAACGACAUUUUUGCUUCUGUUAAAAGCAACUUUGUAUUUUUAGAAAAUUGUAGAUUUUGACAUGACUGUUUUUUGGAGAAUUUAAGGUUAUCUGUGUGAGUGUAGUGGAUUUCUGUAUGCAGAUAGCAUUACAUAAUUGCUUUCAUUAAAACUGCUUAGCAAGGUCUAAGCUUUUCGAAAAAAAUGCUGAUGUACUGUAUGGUUAAUAAAACUUAUUAUAUAAGAUGUA